CUCUCAAGCUGAACCUUUCGCCGCACAACACUCUCCCUCGCACCACACCAGACUCUAGAAAAAGGAAGAAACAAACUCAACCUCCCACCCCCAAGAGAAGAGCCGCAAAUCUGCCACCACUCCGCCGUCUCCCAGCCCCGCCGCCCACGCAUCCGCCUCCUCCCUCCUCCCUCCCCUAGACCUACCCCGCCGCCCUCCUCGCGAGCGCUGCCGGUUCUUCGCGGAGGAAGGGAAGGGAUCUAGCCACCUCCGGGGCUGCUGCUGCGGUUCCGUUCGCGUCGCCAGCCGCCGGGAUCUGUACCUGGAUUUCCACAAGGAGGAACCAUCUUAGGGAAUGCAGAGAGAUGUGUUUGCAUGCUAGAGAGCUACCUUGCGAGGGAAUCGGCAGGGUAGCCGCCCCUGUUCCUGCUUUGAUUGACCUUGAUGACACCGCUUCACAGCAGCACACAACACACCUCUUCUUCCAUGUGCUUCUGCACAAUGGGGUUCGACGUGGCAUCUCAACCAUCAUCUUAGAUUACCACCUCGGAGGGGACGGUUGAGGCUAUCUAGCGCCCGCAGGCUCCCUUGCAAGGUUCGGGUUCGCUGCUGCUGUUCUGUGUGCGUAGCAUACAUCUGCCUGCCGUCAUGGGAGAGCAGAAGGGGAAUAUUCUGAUGGGGAAGUACGAGAUGGGGAAGAUGCUCGGGCAGGGGACCUUUGCCAAGGUCUACCAUGCCCGCAACAUCGAGACCUCGCAGAGCGUUGCCAUCAAGGUGACCGACAAGGAGAAGGUUCUGAAGGGCGGGCUCACGGAUCAGAUCAAGCGCGAGAUCUCUGUGAUGAAGCUGGUGAAGCACCCAAACAUUGUUCAGAUGUAUGAGGUCAUGGCGACCAAAACAAAGAUUUACUUUGUGUUGGAGCAUGUGAAGGGUGGUGAGCUGUUUAACAAGGUUCAGAGAGGAAGGCUCAAGGAAGAUGCUGCAAGGAAGUACUUCCAGCAGCUGAUCUGCGCGGUUGACUUUUGUCACAGCAGGGGCGUCUAUCACCGUGAUUUGAAGCCUGAGAACCUUCUUCUUGAUGAGAACAGCAACCUGAAAGUUUCAGAUUUCGGUCUCAGUACCAUUUCUGAAUGCAGAAGGCUUGACGGGUUGCUCCACACAUCCUGUGGUACGCCUGCUUAUGUUGCUCCUGAAGUAAUCAAUAGGAAAGGCUAUGACGGCGCCAAGGCUGACAUCUGGUCAUGCGGGGUGAUCCUCUUUGUGCUUUUGGCUGGGUAUCUCCCUUUCCAAGAUAAGAAUCUGAUGAAUAUGUAUAAGAAGAUUGGGAAAGCAGAGUUCAAAUGCCCGAGUUGGUUCUCUUCAGACAUUCGAAGGCUUCUGCUAAGGAUUCUUGAUCCUAACCCCAGCACAAGGAUCUCGAUUGAGAGAAUCAUGGAACAUCCUUGGUUCAGGAAGGGUCUAGAUGCAAAGCUGCUCAGAUACAAUUUACAAGCAAAAGAUGCCGUUCCUGCUGCUGACAUGACUGCGACUUCUGAUUCCUUGAGCUGCAGCAACUCAGCAACAGAGGGCAAGGAACAAGAAGCAAAAAAGCUCUCCAACUUGAAUGCUUUUGAUAUAAUCUCCCUCUCAACCGGACUCGACCUCUCCGGUAUGUUUGAGGACAAUGACAAGAAGAGGGAGUCCAAGUUCACAUCCACCAACUCGGCUUCGACGAUCGUGUCAAAGAUCGAGGACAUCGCAAAGUGCAUGCGACUGAAGCUCGUCAAGAAAGAUGGUGGCAUGAUGAGGAUGGAAAGCUUCAAGCCUGGAAGGAAAGGUGUGAUGUCCAUUGAUGCUGAGAUAUUCGAGGUCACCCCUGACUUCCAUCUCGUGGAGUUGAAGAAGACAAACGGUGAUACUAUCGAGUACCAGAAGGUCUUGAACCAGGAGAUGAGGCCAGCGCUCAAGGACAUAGUCUGGGCGUGGCAAGGCGAGCAGCAGCCGCAGCCGCAGCCACAGCAGCAACCAUGUUAAGAAGAACUGUGCCAGGUGCAACAUUUUGCAACUCGAGGCAAUCAAUUACCAGGCGUCCGUGUGUUUCUGUAAUUUUUAUUAUCCAUGUUUGCUAUUCGUUUGCAUUCCCCUAGUGAUGUCUGUGUAAACUUCAGUUAUCAUCUUUUGAUGAAGAUUUAUUUAAAAGCAUGGUGUCUUCAGAACAGAUGCCAAGUCUUUGUUCAAAAA